AUGCUGUCGUACACUUGUUUGCUGGCUGUUGACGGCUUUGCUCGGUCUUCCAUCAUGCCCAUGAGCUUCAUGACGAGUAUCUCGCCUCGCUUUGAGGCUGGCACGCGGGACAGUGGCUGGGCAGCAAUCCGUCGGCUUCUGGUGGGCAUGAACGCCUUCGGCUGCUCUGGCUCAGGAACCGCGAGUAGUGGAGAUGGCACCUUCCGCAGGAUUUUUGCGAUCGCGGAGAUAGAGAUCAUGAUAGCUGAACAUAAGAGCCGUGGAAAGGGAAUUGGUCAAGAAGCAAUCUUACUGAUGAUGGCAUUUGCAGUAGAGAAAUAUGGAAUUCACACAUUCAGGGCAAAAAUUAGUGAAUCAAAUACGGCAUCCCUUAAGCUCUUCAGAAAGUUGGGCUUCAAGGAUGCUUCAUACAGUGCGGUGUUUAAGGAGGGUGUGAGCUACGAUUAUUAUAUUAGCCAGAAAAAAACAGCAGACAUGUUUGGUUUGGCACUUGGGCUCGUAGUUGUCAAGCAGCCCAACCAAGCCCAGCUAAUGAGGGAUGACAUACCGGACCCACGCGUCAGAAUCGGUCCUCCCCAUUACCACUCCCAAGUCCCGACUUGGGUACAAACCCUUGGGCCUGGCCGCCGCACCCGCCCGGCUGGGCGAACGAAACGGGACAAGAUAACGAGACAGCAAGGGGGGAGCAGGGAGCCAAGCCAGGGUUCAGCCACUCAGGAAACAGAGAAGAUGGCGGCGAGGCGCGACACCGAGUUGGACGGCGAAGAGCUCGGCGCCGAGGGCUCCAACCCCGUCGGUGGUGGCGCGACUCCGCCGCCCCUAGCCGCAACCCCUGUCGUAUGCGUCCUCCGCUCCGCUGGGGACUUCGCUGGCGGCGCCUUCAUCGGAUCCGUCUUCGGAUAUGGACAAGGCUUGCUCUCUAAGAAGGGUUUUAAGGGCUCAUUCAGCAAUGCAGGGUCCUCUGCCAAGACUUUUGCAGUUCUCUCUGGAGUUCAGAGUUUGGUCGUGUGCUUGUUGCGAAGGCUACGUGGGAAAGAUGACAUUGUCAAUGCUGGUAUAGCUGGUUGUUGUACUGGUGUUGCUUUGAGCUUUCCAGGAGCGCCACAAGCGCUGCUUCAAAGCUGUGCCACCUUUGCAGCAUUCUCAUGCAUUAUGGAGGGGCUCAAUAAGCAGCAGGCUGCAAUGGCUCGGACACUUGGCGAGACUGCCGUGACGGUCGUGCAUGAGAAAGGCGGUGUUCUGCCCCCGUUCACGCUGCCACCAAUUCUUGAUGCAUCUGAUGCUUUAGCUUCAUGCUGCUUAGCGUUAGUAAAGCCUAAGCACUAG